AUGCAGCACUCUGGAAUUCCUGCAGAAACUCAUCAGAAGGGGUUUGCCACCGGCCACGCAGAAACGCCUGUGCAUCGGACUUUUCAGAUAAAAACAUUUAGUACAGAGCUGAAAAACCAUGUGAUGGUCAUGGAUUUUGUGAAGAGUAACUGGUUUCCCUCCCAGAGAAGAGCCAAAGUUUGUGUCAUCCACAUGUGUCAAGGCCUGCAGACGGCCGAGCGAGCGGCCAGCAGAUACGAGAUCCACAAUCGACUCUUCUCAUCCCCUAAAGAUCACUCUGCCUGGGGAAGACAUGCGAGUGUUUCAAACGCAGGAUUACGGGACAACCACUGCAGUACCAAUGAUCAAAUUUCUCUUAAAAAUCUCCAGUCUCAUGUUACAGAGAGGAAAUCUGACUUCACCGAGGAGACUCUGGCACCGCAGAGCCCAAGAAUGAUUUCAUCCAUAGUCAUCUCGCAGCUGAUCGAUGAGAAUAAAUCAAAAGAAAGGGGGGGCGGGUUGCCCCUGCCCUGUGUGAUCGCUCAGCCUCGGGCAUAUCCCACGAACCAAUCCCUGGCUAAAUGCAGCGGAGUCAACAUCCACAGGGCGUUUGCCUUGCUGCCGGACCCAUUAGGAAUCCCGACACUGUCACAUGCACGAGGACCUGAGAUGGAGCUGCCGCCCAAAGAGGAGAGCCCAUACAGUGGGCCCCACAAAGGGUUUGCAUCCAUCACCAUCACGGCCAGGCGCGUGGGCCCCCCAGCCAGCGCCCUGGUGUGGGGGACUAUUGGGGACUCACUGUGUCACAAGUGCAGGGCCAAGGAUGCUACACUCCGGGACACCCCAGCACUGGCUGGUAGUGCCCAUGCACGUCGGCACCACAGAACUUUUGCCUGUACAGAGCUCUCCAGAAAUGGCUCGGUGGUAAGGCUGCAAAUUCCUGGGGCCCACGCACCGCUGUGUGAGGGACAAAAGUGCUGGCUCACCCACGUGGAGGACAAGGAGGAUAAUUUUUCCCCAGACACCCCACCCUCGAGAAAGGGCCCGCUGGUGUUCACUUCCUGUGUCCACCUCAGGGUGUCUCGGCAGUGUCCAAAUUCAAUCUACUACUUAGACAAGUCUCUCUCUGUCCCCAUUGAACAACCUCAAAUUGCCAGCCCCCAAAUGCACAGAUCCGUCCUGUCCCUCAACCUCAACUGUCGUUCCCACAGACUAACAGCAGGUGGAGCUGGUGGUGUAGCCAAUGGAGAGCCAAUGAGCGGAGGCCUGAAGCAAGAGCUCACCCAGGGAAUCCAGGGCCGCCUGGGCUGGUGCUGGAACCCAGGUUUACCAGAAAGACAGUUGAAGGAAAACCUACCAUUGGGGCAGGUGCAUUUGGGGACCAGUAUGUGUCCUUGGAGUGGUUCUUCUCUGUUGGAAAACACAGAAUUCACAGAUGUGAGAACCAAGCAGGUCACUGUAAGCACAGGGAAAGAGGACCAGGCCACUCGUUGUCCUAGAGGCGGUCAUGCCAACCAGCUGUCCAUUCACAUCCCUGGCUGGAGUUACACGGCAGUAGAAACAAAAGUAUUUCCUGGAAGCAGCAAGAAGCAACAAGGAAAAGCCCGUGUGAUUGCUCCCCCGGUGGAACAGAAGCCCAUUAGACAUUUCCUUCCCGAUGGGGCUAGUUCUCCAGGUGAUGACUGUUGGUCUAGCGACCUUUCUGAGCCCACAGAAGGACGACAUCAGAGCCUCCUGAAACCCAGAAGCCCUUUGCCUGGGUUUCUUUGCCCCUUACAAGAUUUGUGCACAUCUCCACAGGAAGACAGUGGUGUUCAGAUAGAAAGAGAGGUCCCCAAAGGAGAUUACACAUGCUGUGACUUGGUGGUUAACAUACAGGAACGUAAGGACAGUGAGGACCCUGCCACACCUGAGCCUUCUCCAGCGCCCCCCUCGCCAGCAGCCCCCGGGGGAUCAGAGACCCCUGGCCUUUCGGAAGACGGUUCUAAGCCUCGGCAAACGCCUGCCGGCUCCUUGACCUUGCAGGAAGCACUGGAAGUCCGUAAGCCUCAGUUCAUUUCUCGCUCACAAGAACGGCUGAAAAAGCUAGAACUCAUGGUCCAGCAGAGAAAAGAACAGCGGAAGGAGAGCCUGGGGCAGAAGCAGAGCCUCCUUCCUGUCCGCACCAACAAGAAGCAGUUCACCGUCCCCCAUCCUCUUAGUGAUAACUUGUUCAAACCCAAAGAAAGGUACAUUUCAGAGAAGGAGAUGCAUAUGCGAUCUAAAAGAAUCUAUAAUAACUUGCCAGAAGUUAGAAAGAAAAGAGAAGAGCAAAAGAAAAGGGUGAUCUUACAGAGCAACAGGCUCCGCGCUGAAGUCUUCAAAAAGCAAUUACUGGACCAGCUCCUUCAAAGGAACGCGGUCUAA